UUCCGAUACACAACCUAUCCGGCCAAGUACAGAUUUUCUCGAUUAAAACCAACAACUAGACGAACAAAGAAGGGGGCAAAAUGAUGGCGACAUCUAUGAUAACCGAAGAUGAACUGGUUCAAGAGUUCGAAGAUUUUGAUGUUGAACUUUCAGAUCCCGACGUGGUGGAAAAACUGAAGGAACUAUGCAUGGUUUACAGGUUGGACUCCGCUAGCAUCGUAUCAGAAUGGGUGGCAUUUUCAAUAAGUCGAAGCGACUUGAAGAUUUCAACAGAAUCACUUGAAGAAUUGGAACAGGAGAGAAUAUGUAAGAAAGGGAAAGCUACCAAGGUGUCAUCUCAUAUUGAGUCUAGUCCAGCUCUCUUUCCUUCAGACUCGCUGAUUGAUGAAUCUGAUGAUCUGAUGAAUUCAUACACCCCUCAAGCUGGAAAGAAUAAACAUAAACGUCUUCAUACGACACCAGAGAAUCCAACCAACAAGAGACUAUUGGGUCAGAAUAGUGUGACGUUUUCACCAUCAAGUUUCUCACCUACAGUUGCUACACCGUCACAAAAGUAUGGCAGUCGGACCAAUAAACGAGAGGUAGUUGCAAAGUUUGGUUCAACAGAAGGGACAACUUGGAAGGGUACCAACGCAGCGACGUGUUCAGUGGAAUACUACGAUCCUGAGGGCACACUCAAGCAGAACUACAAGUAUAUGUUCCAGAAAUUUACAGACAAAGCUAGUAUAUUGAAUGAUAUGAUUGAGAGUAUGGGACAGCAAAUUCAAGAUAAAUACAACAUAGAAAGCUUCACACACCUAGCUCUUCCAAUCCAGGAACCAGUGACGGUGGUAGGUCGAGUCUGUUGCGAUACCAGCAGUGGGCGUCUAAAUUCCCAGUCUGUGAUCCUCGAGGGAUCGGUGGAGACGUCAGCGGGCAAGCAAGUCAUGUUGAACCUGUCCGAGAUCAAGGAAUAUUCCUUGUUUCCCGGUCAGAUUAUUGCCAUGGACGGAAUCAACAGUAAAGGCGUCAAACUGGUGGCUUCUAAAAUAUAUGAGAGUGUUCCUCUACCUCUCUGUGAGUCUGAGGAUAACUCACUCUUAGACUACGGUUCAUUACAUGUCAUGGUGGCUGGUGGACCAUACACAACGGCUGAUACUCUGAGUUAUGAGCCAAUGAGCGAUCUAGUCAGAGUUCUACUUCAAGACACACCGGAUGUCUGCAUUCUUUUUGGGCCGUUUGUGGAUGUACAUCACGCAGAAAUCAAGGAUUACGCGCAAGAUCCUGAAGAUUUGUUCAAGAAGCAGAUGACAAAACUAGUAGAAGCCACAAGGAAAGCCGGAACCCACUUAGUCUUUGUGCCAUCUCUACGCGAUGUUCAUCAUGAAUUUAUCUAUCCACAACCUCCUUUCCCAACGCCAGAUAAUUUCCAAGACAAACAUAGAGUACAUCUGGUACCCGACCCCUGUACACUCGUUAUCAAUGGCAUCGUGUUUGGAUUGACAUCAAGUGAUAUUCUCUUUCAUUUAGGGAGUGAAGAAAUAUCCCAUCCUCCAGGUUCGUCGGAUCGUCUUGGCCGUCUAACGAAGCACAUCUUAACCCAGCAGAGUUACUAUCCGCUGUACCCGCCCCCAGAGACUAUGCCGAUUGACUACGAGCACUUUGAGCGUUAUUCUCACAUGGAGGUGACUCCCGAUGUCUUCAUCAGUCCGUCGGACCUCAGGUGGUUCAUUAAGGAAGCAUGCGGAUGUCUCACCAUCAACCCAGGUCGCUUGUCGAGAGGUCAAGUCGGAGGGACGUAUGCCAAGAUUGUCAUUGCACCUUCUAAGGAACCCACUACAGGCAGUGGAGUCGCUGCACGAUCUACAGCCCAGAUAAUGAGGAUUUGAAGUAGGAUUUAAGAGAUUACUUAGGGAUGCAGGGCCCAAAAUCAUAGCGCUGCUUAACGGUAAGCAAAUUUUCAUGCUUACUGUAGCAGAAAAAUUUGCUAAGGUGUUAGGUGGUC